AUGGAUGUCAUGGAUUUUUAUCAAGUAAACGAAAUCGAAAAUCUUGAAGAAGUGGUUAAAUCUAUUUUAUUUGAUACGGUAAAAAGAGGAAAAGCUCAAGAAAUCCUCGACAACUGGAAG